AUGAGUGCGAAGACUGCCACGAGCAGUCCCGGCACCGGUGAUCCCGGUCGGCCGGCCCCCGUCGCUAUCUCACCGUCGCCGUCUUCUACAUGGUCGACUUCACCGACGACCUUGUCGCUGGCGACGGCCCGACUCAGAGCCGAGCAGGCGCCACCGGCGCGAGAAAGGAGGGAGGCCGUCGCAGUGCAGGCCUCCUUUGGCCCCAUGCGGCCCCGCCGUGGACAGACGGCGGACUUGGGCCGGCUAGUGAGGGCAUUCGUCGAUGCCCCUCUUCCCGACGAUGUGCGCCGUGGACGUCGACUCCGCCCUUGCACGGGCUUCGGCGCACUCGCCGUUUGGAGGUCCACCGACUCGGCUAGCCAGCCAGAGGGGCGACGGUCCUCAGGACCGGCCCCGUCAACUCAGAUCGUGCCGGCGGGGCCCGCGACAGGGCCGUCCGCGACGGCUGUAGUACCGACCGACGGUCCAGUAGUGGUCGCGGCGACGGUUCGCGGACCAAUCCCGGCCCCGGCGACGGUCCCUGACCGGCCGGCGGAGAAGCGGAAGGACAUUCCGCUCAGGAGGGACACCCAACAGGGAGGCGGCGCUGUGGCGGAAAUCGACGAAAACAUCCUGGCGAAGUCGUCCCAGGCACCCUUCCAGUCGAGAGUCCGCACGUGGCAGGAAGCGUGCGAGACUUGGGCCGUCGCUCCCUGGCCCAUUUCGGCGGAGGCGGUGCGGAAAGUGGCCGCCACCUUCCGUCGAGGCGGUUACCGCUCCGUCCAGAACUAUUUCGACGCCGCCGUGUCCUACCAGGAACAGUUUCGCGGCGAGGCCGUCGACCCCCUCAUCCGGCGGGCCAUGCGACGCUAUGCACGGGCAGUGGUCCGUGGCUUGCCCGGCUCGAAGCUUAAGGCCAUAUUCGCGGUCGACCGCCUGGUGGCCCUGGUCUCCAGGGUGGACCCGCCGGGAUCCGACGCGAGGAGGGUGUGGGUCACGGCACACGCCGUCGAUGCCCUUAUCCUGGCGGUUUGGUUUAUGCUCCGCGAGAUCGAGUUCUCAGCGGCGCGGACGGAGGACAUUGACGUCGCCGACGGCACCGUCACCUUCCGGCUUCCCCUGCACAAGACCGCGACCGGCGGCGAGGUCGAGCUGACCCAACGCCAGCUACGGUGCGCUUGCGGGGCAACCGUGGCGCCGUUGUGCCCCUACCACGCGGCGCUCCGCCAUGUCUCCCGCCUUUGGCGUGCCGGACGGUGGGUGCGGGCCGGAGACACCUGGGAGAAGUCAGAGGCCGUCCUCUUCUUCCGGCGGGUCUUGCUGGCGGCGGGGAUCCAGCUGACCACCACCGACCACAACGCGUGGCUGGCGUCCAUGGGCGUCAACACGCCCAUCAUCCAGUUGCUGGGCCGCUGGUCCUCAGCCGCCAUCGAGCUUUACGUCCAGGCGGCCCCGCUGGCAGUCGCCCCGGACGUCCCUCUGCGCAUCUUGGGGGAUGACGUCGAGAUAGUCAGCGUCCGGCCGGCGUAUGGCGGCGCCAUCUCGGAGGCCACGGCUCCACCGGCUCUCGGCCAUCAGCCGCCGCUGGCCCUGGAGGAUGGAGAGCCGGCGCAGGAGGAAACGCCGCCGCACGAGGACCACUCCCCGACGGUCGCGUUUGAGCCCGGCCCCGUCAGACCGGAGACGGUGAAGCAGGUCGCCGUCGCGCCGCCGGAGCACCUCAUUUACAAUGAGCGGCAAAAACGGGCUCACGCCCCUGAUCCGACGGAGGCCUCGUCGGACCGCUUUCUGUGGAAAGCGCGGGGUUGUUCCUGGCCAUACGGCAUCCGGAGUUUUUAUAGGAUCACCGAGCUACCGGCGGGAGCCGCCAAGUGCCUUAGGUGUUUUCCGAAGGCCCCGUCGGCCGACGGUGUCGGGUCGCCGACGGAGGAGGCAGCCUCCCCAGUGGCAUCUAGCUCAGAUUCCGACGGCAUCUUGUUGUCGUGCCGCAGCCCGCCUUUGACCGCACCGCCCUUCAUCCCCGCCGGCCCUCUGGCUAUGGGUCCGCAGCUCGUCGCCGACGUCCUGACCGACUUCGACGACCUUGCCACGUCGGCGGGGGCGGGUCCGGACCUCGUCGAGUACCUGAAGGCGCGGUCUCUGAACCGCACGGCGACCCUCGCCCUCGUCGCCGACGAAUGGUCCGAUGUGGACGCGAGGGUCUUCCAGCCGUUCCGCGACGGCGACGAGAUCGCCGGGAAGACAUACAAAGCGAUGCCGGCGGAGCAGCCCUUCUCCACCCCUACGCCGGCACCGUCGACGGCUGCACCGCCGCCGGCCACCCUGCCGACGAUGGUCGGCGAGAAGCCGCCGCGGACCUUCCCGGAGUGGACCGACCUCGUCGCCCGCUACAACGCCGUCCAGCUCGGAGGUGAGCCCCGCUCGUUCCCGGCGGAGCGCCUCGUCGGAGCCGAGGAGGUGCUCGCGCAGGAUCCACUGGGAGCACACCAAGUCCAAGCUCUACACGCCGCUCGGCCUCGGCGAGAUCCUGGCGGCCCGGACUUGGUCCUCCCUCGGCGUCGUCAAUCCCCUCGCCGGCGCCGUCGCAGCACCGGCGGGAUCAAGUUUGUGGACGGCGGCCUGGCGGUGGAGGAGAACCAGCCGUUCGUCCCGAGGGGCAUCUGGGCCGUCGUCGACGGCCUGGACGCCAUUUGA